GUCAUGCUGAAGAUGUCAUUACACAAGCAGAAGCGAUCCAUGCUUUGCCAGGUGCUGAUGUGACCCUGGUGUGCAACUUCCCAAAACCACACACCACCUACAUAAUACAGACACAGUGGUCCAAGACUGAUGACACUCAGCUUACCAGAAUAGCUGUUUAUCACCCUGUUUAUGGCACCCAUUACUUCACCUUUCCUGAGGCUUCUUACAACUUCUCGGUGUCCUUCAACACGAGGAAGUGCUGUGGCUGGGAUGUUACAGAGACUUUGUGUCCCCCUGAUCCAAAUUCCACGUCUGAAUGCAAUCAGUGGGCUCUGCAUCUGAAAAACGUUACCAUCUCCCUUAGCGGGCAGUACGAGUGCAGUUUUGCUACUUACCCAUAUGGGACAAAGGCUGCAAAAAUUCAGCUUAUUGUCAGGGCAGAAGAGGAGCAGCACUACGUGAAGGAAGCGAGGUUAAACCAGACUUUAGAAAUUCCAUGCCUUGAGGACACGACCUCAGAAAAUUUGUCCAAUUAUCCUUUGAAAUGGCUAGUGUGGGAAAAUGGCAGGAAAGAGGAACUUGUGACCAAGAAGCCCUCCUGUCCUGCAGUGUACAGGAACAGCAGUGCAUUGUAUGGGCAAAGAGUCCACCUGGGUUUGAAUAACACUCUGAAGAUUUUCCCCACCAAAAUCAUGGAUGAUGGCAGGGUGUUCUCCUGCCACGUGAUGUACCAUCCAGAGAGAGUCCAGAAGAGCAGCACCACCGUGAGAGUAUUCG